AUAAGCUUCCGACCGCCGAACCGCAAAAAUUCGAUCAGCGGUCUCCUCAGGCAGAAGGAACGUCCCUCCACUUUUACUUUUACGGUUUUACCCCUCGAAAAAUAAAUUGGGAAAAAAAAAAAAAAACAUCUUCCCUUCAAGCCCCGGAAGAUCGCCGGGGGACGCUGCCAUAAAUUGAAGAACCCUAAAUGGGAAGAACAACGUGACUAUGAAACCCACCAAGUUCUCUUUUGUCGCCGCUGUUACUGUCUCGGCAGCUCUGGUGGCUCUCGCCGCUCUCUACUUCUCCCCUGCCCGCCGGCAGCAACAGAGAAUAUUCACAGCUGAAGAACUGGUUGCCUACAAUGGAACCGAUGAUGCUUUGCCCAUUCUUUUGGGAAUUCUGGGAUCCGUCUUCGAUGUAACGAAAGGAAAAUCUCAUUACGGCGCAGGUGGGGGUUACAAUCAUUUUGCUGGGAGAGAUGCUUCUCGCGCAUUUGUCUCUGGAAAUUUUACAGGAGAUGGACUCACAGACUCAUUGCAUGGUCUCUCCAGCACAGAAGUAAAGAGUAUUGUUGAGUGGCGGGAUUUCUACUUUAAAAGUUACAUGUAUGUCGGGAGGUUGGUUGGUCGUUACUAUGAUAAACAUGGAAAUCCCACGAAGUACCUGAAAGGAGUUGAGGCCAAGGCUAAGAGAGGUGCACAGCUAUUGGAGAAGCAGAAGAAAGAGGAAGCUAAACAGCCUAGCUGCAAUUCUCGGUGGAGCCAGGAUGAAGGUGGAAAGGUAUGGUGUGAUGAGGGGUACCCGAGGCUGGUCCAGAGACCGCUGGAAAUAGCUCUGACAGGGAAAAUGAGCAAGCGAUGUGCCUGCUUUAGAAAAGAUCAGCUUGACAAUCCCGGGCUGGAAGUUUACUCAGGAUGCGAUCCCUUAUCGAACACGUGUGCUGUUUGACUUAAGAAAUCACAUUGUUAUUGGAAUUGUUACUGUUUCACUGAGCUUUUGUGCCUUCCAUGCACAACGUGAGCCUCUGACUCAUUCAGGCCCUAGACCAAGAAGAUAGGUAUUUUAUUAAUUGUUGAUAUAGGUAUAGAAGUUGUAUAUUAAGUAAGCAUCAUUGGGUUCUUUGAUGAAAGAGUGAGAUUUUGAACUUUUGCUUGCGAUUAGCUUUAUGUAUUACUUAACUAAUUCAAUGAUGUCCAGGUCAAGCCACAAUCAAAGAAUUGCAUUUGUCA